AUGGUGUACCACGGCCCUAGCGCUGGGUGCAAGGCAUGCCGAAUGCGUCGUGUGAAAUGUGAUCAAGGGAAACCAUCGUGCAACAAUUGUAUCCGACGACGUACUGUGUGCCCCGGGUACGGAGAUGUGUUUGACGGCGCGCACCGGAAUCAAAACAAGGUUGUGAUACGGAAAGUAAAGAAGCAGAACGUCGCGGAAGAGGCAGAUCCGGCUAGCAGCACUCCAGGUAGCGACCUGACAGCGGAGAUCUCGCCAGGCACCACUUCAACAGCGUCGAAUGACUCGGCCACAACCAAACCACAAGGCCCGCUCCAAUGGAUCAUAUAUUCUGCGACUCCGGAAGAACGUGGAGGCAGUCACGGCAAGGCACUGCAGCUGGGGAAAUCUCGUCCUGCAAGGUCCUCAGAAACCGAGCAGACGGUUCCUCUAUUGUCGAUUCCGGAAUCACUGAAGCAAAGUCCCGAGGAUGCCUCAAUUAAUUUCUUCUUCCGGUUCUACACUGGAACCAUCUACGACCCCCACCUUCACCAUUCCUUCGCACUACUGUGGCAGCCACUGUAUCUUAGGUCGUCUGCAAACUCGCCCCUGAGACUCGCGACCGCGGCUGUGACGGUCAACAUAACCAUGAUGUGGAGUUUCCAAGGCUGCGAUGCCCGACCAGCACGGAAACUGUUCACCGAGGCCAUAGCGGCGACACGAGAAGCAAUCAACAAUCCCACAGAGAAGAAUAUGGAUGAACUGUUGAUGACCAUACUGAUCUUUGACCUCUACGAUUCUCUCGUGCUACAUUAUGUACGCAAUGCCCCGACAAAGUACGGCAAGCACAAGGACGGAGCACUGGCUUUGGUCAAACAUAGGGGGUUGUCCAACUAUGCCUCCAUCGUUGGCAGGGCCCUCACCAAUGCGACCCGACACAAUUUCCUCGAUUAUUCACUUUCGCACCGAAUCCCAAUGCCAGCGGGAUCGGAGGAAAUCUUUUCCCACCCCGCCAUUGGCGAAAGCAGAGCAGCCCAGCUCGACGUGCUCACCAUCGAGACCGUCAAUACCCAGGCCCGUCUGUGGGCCUUACGCCGAGACGCCUCGUCUACCAUGACGAGAGCACAGCGUCGAAAAGCGUACGAGGACAUCAUUGCCGAUGCCAUCCGCAUCGACGAACUAUUCAUGACAUGGAAACGUGCCAUCACCUCCCCCGACUGGCUGCCACUAUUCGUUUCCCGUGAGGAGGUCCCGCCGUCCAUUCUGACGGCCGGCUUCUAUGGCACUAAAUGCGCGGUCUGGAAGGACUUGGCCGCAGCUGAAGUGUACAAUCUGCAUGCCUCGCGCCGGAUUUCCGUCCUCCAAAUGAUCCGCCAAUCCCUUGCCGAUGAGCCCACGCUCCUGGCAGAAGCCAACUAUCGAGCGUACCUGGCCAAAGCCAACGCCGCAGUCCAAUCACUCGUCGACUGCAUCUGCGAGACAGUCCCAUUCCACCUGGGCGACACGGUUGUGCCCACCAACCCGAUGUACAGCUCCGGCGUCGCGAUGCCGAGCAAAACCGUGACAGACCCGUCGACGGGAGAAACGCGCCGUAUCCCAGAUCUCGAGGGCAGUGAUUUCAAGAUGAGGGCCGCCGCGUCGGGUGGCUGGAUGAUCUUCUCCCACCUGGUCGAUAUCUACAGGCUGGCCGAGCCGGAGGAUGACGCCGAGUCCAUCGUGUUAAGAGACGGCCAGCUCGAGUGGGUCAAGGGCCAGAUCAAGAGGCUGCAGACGACGUUUCUGUACUGCGAUCCCCUAUGGUAA